AUGACCGUCAAGCAUCUCUUUGUGGAAUUCAACAAGGUGAACGAACAAGGCACCUUCUCCCCCGGCGACAUCCUCUCUGGAAAUGUGACAGUGGUGACCAGCAAGGAAAUCAAAGUGCAGUGUUUUUCGGUCAAAGCCAAAGGGAAGGCUAAGGUAACUUGGCAUGAAAAAGAAGGAGAUGAUAUUGUGGUCCACAGCAACAAGAAGAAAUACUUUUAUUUUGAACACAUUAUUCUUCAAGAUAAAAAGGGAGAUGGUUCCGUAAUCAUCAGCCCUGGGAGGAAUGUGUAUUCAUUCAACUUUGUAAUUCCAGAUGUAGACAUGCCUUCAUCUUAUGAAGGGAAAUGGGGCAGGAUCACAUACAGUUUGCGAGCACAGCUUACUCAGUCGAUUUGGCUUGUACACAAAACCAAGGCUGAGUUUCCUUUUCGGACCAAGUCUGAGUUCCCCUUUGCCUCCAAAUCAGAAAUGAUUAUCAUUGGACUUCAGGAGCGACAACACGCAACUAGGAUUUCAUUUUAUGGCUCCGGAAAGGGGACUAUGAAUGUUACCUCAGAAAAAAUGGGAUUAAAGCAAGGUGAGGCAAUGGGAGUCUCUGUGGAAGUGCUCAAUGAUUCAGCACAUGCAGUAAUACCCAAAUUCUACCUGUGUGAGAAGCAGACCUUUGUUGCUCAGUCAAAGAGGAAAGUGCACACAAAUGACAUCCUGUUUGGGACAGGAGAGCCUGUUCCGGCUGAAACCCGUCAGACCACCACCAAAGUUCUUAGCAUCCCUCCGCAGCUCCCUCCUACCUUCUUCAACUGCUGCAUGAUGAAGCUGGAGUACAGACUCAAGGUUACCCUUGAUGUCCCGCUGUCAAGAGAGCCUGUAAUCAAACUCCCUCUGGUCAUCCUGCUGGGUUUACCAAAACCACAUGAGAAAAAGACAAAAAAGAGAUCCAUCUGGUUUAGAAAGCUUCCUAGUUAG